AACGAGUAAAUUACAUUUAUGUGACUGAGUUUGGAAUUGAUAGUGUCUUCAUAUUAAAUUAUAUUUAUUUAUUUAAUUUUUCAUAAUUUUUAAAACAUGACAACUCUUAGACCUUUUACAUGUAAUGAUUUGUUCAAAUUUAACAAUGUAAAUUUAGAUCCUCUGACAGAAACAUAUGGACUUUCUUUUUAUACAUAUUAUCUAGCACAUUGGCCAGAAUAUUUUCAAGUAGCAGAAUCACCAAGUGGAGAAAUUAUGGGUUAUAUUAUGGGAAAAGCUGAAGGACAAGGGGAAAAUUGGCAUGGUCAUAUAACAGCUCUUACAGUUUCACCUAAUUAUAGAAGAUUAGGUUUAGCUGCAAUGUUAAUAGAAUUUUUAGAGAAGGUUUCAGAAAAGAAACAAGCAUAUUUUGUAGAUCUCUUUGUAAGAGUUAGUAAUAAAGUAGCAAUCAAAAUGUAUCAGCAAUUGGGAUAUAUUGUAUAUAGAACUGUUUUAGAAUAUUAUAAUGGAAAUCCAGAUGAAGAUGCUUUUGAUAUGAGAAAGGCACUAUCUAGAGAUGUAAAGAAAAAAUCAGUAAUACCAUUAACUCAUCCUGUAAGACCUGAAGAAAUAGACUGAAUAAUGUAAAUAUAUUAUUAUGGAUUUAAUAUAAAUUAAAUUAUGGUUUAUGGGAAAUUUAAGAAAUAUUAUUGUGAUAAAGUUUUUAAUAUAAUAUGUAAAAUAAAUAGUCUUUUAAAGUA